CUCGCUGGCGCCGGCCGGCCGGGCCCGCCCCUCCCUCCGCCAUGGCGGCCGAGAGCGGCCGGCAGUUCUGGAAGCGGAGCGCCAAGCUGCCGGGCAGCAUUCAACCUGUCUAUGGAGCACAGCAUCCUCCCCUGGAUUCCCGGCUCACCAAAAACUUCAUCAAGGACCGCUCCAAGGCUGGCGCAUUGCCUGUGAAAAGCAAGAAGGCCUCCAGCUUUCAUGAGUUUGCCCGCAGUACCAGCGACGCCUGGGACAUCGGCGAUGACGAAGAUGAAGACUUCUCUUCCUCCUCUUCCUCUUUGCAAACUCUGAACUCUAAAGUGGCCAAGGCCACAGCAGCCCAGGUUUUAGAGAACCACAGCAAGCUGCGGGUGAAACCCGAGCGGGCCCAGUCUACUCUCGGUGACAUGCCCACCAACUGCAAGGUCAUCAAGUCCAGCAGUGAGGCCCAGCUCUCCAGGACUUCUGAGGAGGCCUGUGUGCGGACCCCCCUUCAGAAGCAGCAGUCCCUUCCCCUUCGACCUGUCAUUCCACUUGUUGCCCGAAUCUCUGACCAAAAUGCUUCUGGUGCUCCCCCCAUGACUGUGAGGGAGAAAACGCGGCUGGAGAAGUUUCGACAGCUCCUUUCCAGUCACAACACAGACCUGGAUGAACUGAGAAAAUGCAGCUGGCCUGGUGUACCUAGAGAGGUCCGGCCUGUGACAUGGCGUCUCCUCUCAGGCUAUCUUCCUGCAAACUCGGAGCGUCGAAAGUUGACUUUGCAGCGCAAGCGGGAGGAGUACUUUGGCUUCAUUCAGCAGUAUUACGAUUCCCGGAAUGAGGAGCACCAUCAAGACACCUACCGACAGAUCCACAUUGACAUUCCAAGGACCAACCCACUCAUUCCCCUCUUCCAGCAACCACUCGUCCAGGAGAUUUUUGAAAGAAUCCUGUUUAUCUGGGCCAUUCGACACCCAGCCAGCGGCUAUGUACAGGGAAUCAAUGACCUGGUCACUCCGUUCUUUGUUGUGUUCCUCUCUGAGCAUGUUGAGGAGGAUGUGGAAAACUUUGAUGUGACAAACCUGUCGCAGGAUGUUUUACGGAGUAUCGAAGCUGAUAGCUUUUGGUGCAUGAGCAAGCUGCUGGAUGGGAUACAGGACAACUACACCUUUGCACAGCCGGGGAUCCAGAAGAAAGUCAAAGCUCUAGAGGAGCUAGUCAGCCGGAUUGAUGAGCAGGUACAUAAUCACUUUAGGAAGUACGAGGUCGAAUACCUGCAGUUUGCCUUUCGCUGGAUGAACAACCUGCUUAUGAGGGAGCUGCCUCUUCGCUGUACCAUCCGCCUCUGGGACACCUACCAGUCGGAGCCAGAAGGAUUCUCACAUUUCCACCUGUAUGUCUGCGCUGCCUUCUUGAUCAAGUGGAGGAAGGAGAUCCUAGAUGAGGAAGACUUCCAAGGCCUUCUGAUGUUGUUACAAAACCUGCCCACAAUACACUGGGGUAACGAAGAAAUUGGACUCCUGCUCGCUGAAGCCUACAGACUCAAGUACAUGUUUGCAGAUGCCCCCAAUCAUUACCGCCGAUAGGUGCCCAGACUUGACUCACUCCUCUCUCCCAUGCCCGCUCCGUCGUCCUGGCCCGAUCUGAUCACUGUGGCAUUUUUGUCAUCCCAAGUCCUUGGACACUCCAGCUGGGAGCUGAUCCUUGCUGUACAGAGCUCACAUCAACUCUUAACUCUUAACGUGUGCCUGUCUGCCACUCCAUGCGCCUGGAUGUGCCAUUUUGACGACUGUCAGUAUUUUAUACCGUGCUGGAGGCUCAAGCCAGGAAGGGAGGCUUUAAGGGGCUGGGGGAGACCAUGGAGGGAAGGUUUACAGAUAAACCAGAGCUGAAGAUGAAGCCUUUCUGUCCUCUCCACUCCCUGCCCUGGGCUUGUCUGCCUCACGUUAACCUGCACCACGUGCACCACCCCAUCUGCUCCUUUCUCUCUUCUGACACUGCGCCAUCUCCCAGACGAAAAUGCCUUAUCAGAGACCUGCCUGGCCGGAAAAUCCUUCCCCACGAGGGUGGCAGGGCAAGAAGUUUCUCUCAGGGCCUACCUUCGCUCCGAGGGUCCAGAGACCCCAAGCACUUUGUGGGUUCACAAGAGAGUCCCUCGUGCCUGCCCUCCCUCCUUCUCUCCAUCCUCUUCACCUACCUCUCCCCCAGGGCAGCGGGGCAGGCAUGACAGGGCCGAUGAGCACUCCAUCCACAUACAGUUCGAAUUAUGUGUGCCAGCUUGAUGGAACUUUUGGUGACUGAUGUUCUGUGAGUACAGCCCCCUCCAGUGUGUGGGGGAGGUGCAGGGCGGGGCUGGUAGGGGAGCAAUAUCUCCCAAAAGCUCCUUACAAAGCUCCCACUCCUCCGGGGUGUUCUGUGUAUAUUGUGUUCUUGUGUAUAUGGGUCAAAGAUGUACAAUAUAUGUCUUCUCUUUGUAGCAGA